AUUGGCAGUGUAUCAUGCUUUUGAGCCACCCCGCCCGCCUCUUGAAGCUUCAUUCCCUGAAGCAGUUACUACAAACAGUUAGAAGACACGCAAACAACCGUGGAGGUGAGUCUAGUCCAAAUUCGGGAUGCUAUUGCGAUUGACGCUCGGAUCCAUUGAGUCGUUGCCGUCAGGGGAAGUAUAUCUCCAGUCUGUUGUUCAAGUGUAACGUUAUAGCUCUGUACCACCAAUUCAUCGGAAUCAAGUUUAUGUAUUUUCUUAUUCUGCAGGCAACUCUACAAUUGACCACACAGAAGUCGGCAAGCAAGACAUGGCAAACUCGCUGGACGCCACGGCCCCCGUCUAUCUGAGACACUUCUCUUUCUUUCAACGUCUAUACUAUGGCAUCCGAAUUCGUGUAAUGAAAUCGCUCGCAACGGCCUUCUUCAGCUUGUUUAGAUUGCCAGGUGUUCGCGAUAACUCGAUUCUGCCAACCUAUACGACAGUCUAUCCAUGCCAACCCAAGCUCACAAAUCGAGUUUUCUUCCCGAAAUCAUACAAGCCCGACGAUGCGCCACUACCUUUAUACCUUGAUAUACAUGGCGGAGGCUUCGCGUUGAUGAGUCCUUGCGUGGACGAUUGGUUCUGUACCGAGUUCUGCAAUGACAACAAACUGCUAGUUAUCAGUCUCGAUUAUCCGAAAACACCCGCGCAUCCAUACCCCGCAGGAGUACAAGCAAUUGCAGAUCUUGUGGAUGCGAUACUGAAGGAUGAGUCUUUGCCCUUUGACAGGAAGAAGGUUGCCAUUGGCGGAUUCAGCGCUGGUGCGACCCUUUCUCUCGCGGCACCACAAGAUGCAAGAUUGAAAGGCAAGAUUGGAGGAGUGGCUGCAUUCUAUCCCCCAACCAAUUGGACCACCAGCAUCGAUUGGAAACUCUCAACGAGACCAAAAGAUGCAGGACCGGAUGGGUUGAAAAGCCAAGCGGGCAUGUUCGACUACGCCUACUUCAAACCAGAUCAAAAUCUGAAAGAUCCGCAAGCCAGUGUUGCUUUUGCUUCUCGAGAAUCACUCCCACCUAAGCUAUGCAUUGUCGGUUGUGAAUUCGACAUGCUUUGCCGCGAUUCGGAGCUGAUGGCUGAGAGUUUGGCAAAGGUAGGAAAUGGCCCAAGAACAGGAACAGAUACUGCCUGGGAGCAAAAUGGAGUUCGUUGGGAGAAGGUUCUGAAAGAAGUACACGGCUUUGAUCUUAUCCCUGCACGGGGCGAAGAGAAAGCCCGGACUAAGGCGAGGGGAAAGAAGAUGCAUCAGGAUGCCGCUGAAUUUCUCUUACGUGAGGUGUACGUGUGAGGUAUGGCGCAAUUAAACACGAUAUCAGGCAAUGAAAGCUUGAAAGACUUUGAAGCAUUGUCUCUAUGCUGAUGCUCUGUCAUGAAUUGGCCUUUUAUUGUUGACAAAUCGACCACAAUGCAGAAUAUUCUGGGGCUUGAUUACUGUAGUAUGCCUUUUCUUAAUGCCACAAUCAUAUACUUUGUUGUUGCUAGGAAGCGUAGAAAGGGCCAGAAAGGGCUCACCUGGAAUGAUUGUUGGUCGCGGUUGCUUUUUUUGAAGCUUGAGUCGAACUUCCUUCUAGUUUUGCCGAAGUAUGUCGACUGGUUCAUCCUCCCACCUUCAAUGCUUGAUCGUUUUCAUACACAUUGAAGAACUCGGGAGGAGAUAUUAAAGCUCCCAAAACAAAGUGUUCGAGAAAGCUUCAUUCCUGCUCCGUUGCCAGUUACAGCAAUGCC